ACGGGAAGACGGACGUGCGCGUGCGCGGCCGCCGCUGGGAGCCACCAAGCGGCAGAGAGGACAGCGGCAAGGAGGGAGGGGCCCAAUCCACCGACUGCAGGAGGAAGAAGGGGUUGUGCUCCUGGCCGAGGAAGGAGAAAGGGGCGGGGCCGGCGGGCAGCGCGCGGCGGUGCGGAGCGCCGGAGGCCGGCGGACAGGCGGGGGUCUGUGGCCCUAGCCGUCGCAGUGGCCGCUGCUGUCGCUUGGUUGGUUCCCGUUGGUCUGCGGGAGGCGGGUUAUGGCGGCGGCGGCAGUGAGAGCUGUGAAUGAAUUCUCCGGGUGGACGAGGAAAGAAGAAAGGCUCCGGCAGCGCCUGCAGCCCGGUGCCUCCCAGGCCUCCGCCCCCCUGCCUGGCCCCCGCCCCUCCCGCCGCCGGGCGGGCCUGUUCGCCCGAGUCGCCGCAUAAGCGGAACCUGUACUACUUCUCCUACCCGCUGUUCGUAGGUUUCGCGCUGCUGCGUUUGGUCGCCUUCCACCUGGGGCUCCUCUUCCUGUGGCUUUGCCAGCGCUUCUCCCGCGCCCUCAUGGCAGCCAAGAGGAGCUCCGGGGCCGCGCCAGCACCGGCGUCGGCCUCGCCCCCGGCGCCGGUGCCGGGCGGAGAGGCCGAGCGCGUCCGAGUCUUCCAUAAACAGGCCUUCGAGUACAUCUCCAUUGCCCUGCGCAUCGAUGAAGACGAGAAAGCAGGACAGAAGGAACAAGCUGUGGAAUGGUAUAAGAAGGGUAUUGAAGAACUGGAAAAAGGAAUAGCUGUCAUAGUUACAGGACAAGGUGAACAGUGUGAAAGAGCUAGACGCCUUCAAGCUAAAAUGAUGACUAAUUUGGUUAUGGCCAAGGACCGAUUACAACUUCUAGAGAAGAUGCAACCAGUUUUGCCAUUUUCCAAGUCACAAACGGAUGUCUAUAAUGACAAUACUAACUUGGCAUGCCGCAAUGGACAUCUCCAGUCAGAAAGUGGAGCUGUUCCAAAAAGAAAAGACCCCUUAACACACACUAGUAAUUCACUGCCUCGUUCAAAAACAGUUAUGAAAACUGGAUCUUCAGGCCUUUCAGGCCACCAUAGAGCACCUAGUUGCAGUGGUUUAUCCAUGGUUUCUGGAGUGAAACAGGGAUCUGGUCCUGCACCUGCCACUCAUAAGGGUACUCCAAAAACAAAUAGGACAAAUAAACCUUCUACCCCUACAACUACUGCUCGUAAGAAAAAAGACUUGAAGAAUUUUAGGAAUGUGGACAGCAACCUUGCUAACCUUAUAAUGAAUGAAAUUGUGGACAAUGGAACAGCUGUUAAAUUUGAUGAUAUAGCUGGUCAAGACUUGGCAAAGCAAGCAUUGCAAGAAAUCGUUAUUCUUCCUUCUCUGAGGCCUGAGUUGUUCACAGGGCUUAGAGCUCCUGCCAGAGGACUGUUACUCUUUGGUCCACCUGGGAAUGGGAAGACAAUGCUGGCUAAAGCAGUAGCUGCAGAAUCUAAUGCAACCUUCUUUAAUAUAAGUGCUGCAAGUUUAACUUCAAAAUAUGUGGGAGAAGGAGAGAAAUUGGUGAGAGCUCUUUUUGCUGUGGCUCGAGAACUUCAACCUUCUAUAAUUUUCAUAGAUGAAGUUGAUAGCCUUUUGUGUGAAAGAAGAGAAGGGGAGCACGAUGCUAGUAGACGCCUAAAAACUGAAUUUCUAAUAGAAUUUGAUGGUGUACAGUCUGCUGGAGAUGACAGAGUACUUGUAAUGGGUGCAACUAAUAGGCCACAAGAGCUUGAUGAGGCUGUUCUCAGGCGUUUCAUCAAACGGGUAUAUGUGUCUUUACCAAAUGAGGAGACAAGACUACUUUUGCUUAAAAAUCUGUUAUGUAAACAAGGAAGCCCAUUGACCCAAAAAGAAUUAGCACAACUUGCUAGAAUGACUGAUGGAUACUCAGGAAGUGACCUAACAGCCUUGGCAAAAGAUGCAGCACUGGGUCCUAUCAGAGAACUGAAACCAGAACAGGUGAAGAAUAUGUCUGCCAGUGAGAUGAGAAAUAUUCGAUUAUCUGACUUCACUGAAUCCUUGAAAAAGAUAAAACGCAGCGUCAGCCCUCAGACUUUAGAAGCGUACAUACGUUGGAACAAGGACUUUGGAGAUACCACUGUUUAAGGAAAUACCUUUGUAAACCUGCAGAACAUUUCACUUAACAAAAAAGAAACACAAGAUCUUCAACGAACAGUCAUCAGCUACAGAAACAGCCUAAGUUUACAGGACUUUUCAGAGUCUUAAAUAUUUGUGCACCAAACUUGAAGAUGAACCAGAAAACAAACUUUAACAAAAUACACAAUGCAAAUGGAAUUUUUUGUUGUUUAAGGCCUUGCCUUGAUGGUCACUGUUAUCCCAAUGGACAUUGUAAGUUAGAGCACAACAAAAACUGAUUCUGGUCUUCUUUACCAAUAUAAUCAUAAUGUAAAUAAUCAUUUGUAUAUUGUGUGUUGCAGAUGAAAGUAUUCCAGAGACAGUGAAUGGUAGAAGACACAAGAACCUUUGGUUGUUUGUCUUCUGAUGUUUUUUUCUUAAAAUAUUAAUUUCUCCUACUUUUCUUUCCUAUUGUUGUCUUAACUGUGGGUGAUUGGAAUACCAAACACUCUUAAAUUUAUUUUCUUUUUUUUUUUAUAAAUUCAGUGUGCCAAAUGAAACUUUUUUCCUAAGUAACCAUAAUAGGAAAAAGUUUAUUUUGAGAGUUCCUUCUUCAUAAAUCUAUAGACAUUAAACAAUUGUUGUGUUCUUUUUACCUUUUAUUUUUCUAUUACCUUGCUACCAAACAAUUUAGAUAGCAAUACAAUAGCAACAAAGCAAAUCUGGUAGAAUAGAGGUUUGAAGGUUUGAGUUACUCUGUCAUAAAACAUGUAGAUCAGUCCUCAUGUGACCUGCAGUUUUUUUUUUAAUGUAUUUGUCAGAAAUCUAUUGUAGACCAUUAACUUCUUCCUGAUGGUAUUUAUUUUCUGAAAGAAUUAUUCUGAUAUUUAAGAGAGCCAAUUUUAACGGCUAUGAAAAUGUUGCCAGUGCAAGAGAAGGGAAAUACUAGGAACUAAGAUAUUUCUAAUUUAUUGCUUAUUACUUUCCUAAUGUUUACAGGAUAAUUAUAAGCUAGUGAAACUACCACCUUUUAUUCUUGAUAAUUAUUAAUCCCUUGAAUGAAACUUUUAACUGAAAUUUUAUACAUGGCAUACAUUUUUCUAGGUUCCCCGUGCUUGCUCUAUUAACUCAAAAGUUCUAGUUCUAGUCCGAUCUGCCUUUUGUUCUCCCAAAAUGUACAGUAAUUCUGUUUCUCGUUUGUAUAAAUACGCCUGGAUUUUUAUUAUAAAAAUGUCAUUGUAGGGAGUAGAGACUCAUAUCAUGGCCUUUUAAAUAUUGUAAUAAAGGCAAAUAGAUAUUUGCCCUUAGUUUACUGGUUAAAAGUUUGUUUACAGAACUUUUCUCUGGUGCUUAAAUGAUGCUAUGUAAAAUGUCAUGGGUAGAAAGAGUAUUUGUAGUAGUAACAAAAAUUUUUCAUUUAGGAAAGAUUUCUUAGAUUUUGAAAGAGUAUAUUAAAAUAAAAUCUUGUCCCUACUAGGUAAGAACUUUAUAAUGAAGACAUACAUUCUUCUUAAUUUUACUCUUGUUCUUUUUAAAGAUUUGUCUGAAUAUAGAAGAUGCAUGAUUUCUUAGGAUCAUAUGCUGUUUGUAGCCAUAAGUUAAAUCAUGUCUCUUCUCAUCAUGACUUUGGAACUCCCUGAAUAAAAGUGAGAGUUGAGAUAAAUAGGGAAAAAAAAUUUUUUAAGCCAGAGCUAUGCAUAUUUUAGAUGAUGGGUAGUAUCCUUUUAAGGUCUCAAAUGUUACAGCAUCAAUUAUAAAUUAUUAAUAUUGAAAGGUAGUAAUGAAAUACUUAUGAUCAAAAGGAUUGAGAAAUUCUAAAUGAAGACAUUUCAGUUAAGCUCAUAAAAUUUCAUUUUAUCCUUGGGAGGCCGAAACAGGAGGAUCACGAGGUCAGGCGUUUGAGACCAGCCUGGCCAACAUGGUGAAACCCCAUCUCUACUAAAAAUACAAAAAUUUAGUCAGGCGUGGUGGCACAUGCCUGUAAUCCCAGCUACUCGAGAGGCUGAGGCAGGGGAAUUGCUUGAACUUGGGAGGUGGAGGUUGCAGUGAGCUGAGAUCGUGCCACUGCACUCUAGCCUGGGUGACACUGCGAGACUCGGUCUCAAAAAAAAAAAAAAAAAAAAACCCACAUUGGUAGGGAGUGAUGGAAAAUUUUUAUUUAAAAUAAUUAAAUUAAAAAUAAAAACAAAAGUUUUUAAAAAAUAUUUUCAUUUAAAAGGGGAUUAACAUUAUUGAUACCUGGAUAACUAAUCAUAUUAAAAGACUAUAUGGUUCCAGCUCAACUUUUAAUAUAUUGUAUCCUUUAAAAUUAUCAUGAAGAUUAUCAUUCUUUUGGGAAAGUUUUUCUUUUUGUUUUUUGUUUGUUUGUUUUUGAGACGGAGUUUCGCUCUUGUUACCCAAGCUGGAGUGCAGUGCUGCAAUCACGGCUCACUGCAACCUCUGCCUCCCAGGUUCAAGCAAUUCUCCUGUCUCAGGCUCCCCAGUAACUGGGAUUACAGGCAUGUGCCACCAUGCCCAGCUAAUUUUGUAUUUUUAGUAGAGAUGAGGUUUCUCCAUGUUGGUCAGACUAGACUGGUCUCGAACUCCUAACCUCAGGUGAUCCACCCACCAUGGCCUCCCAAAGUGCCGAGAUUACAGGCAUGAGUCACCACGUCCAGCUGGGAAAAUUUUUUAGAUAGCAAAGAUUUCAAAUGUUAAAAGAGAUAAAAUUCAGGUUUAUACUAUCAUAAACAUUGAGUCAGAAAAUCAUUACUGUAUAGAAGUUGCUUUCCUGAUCAAGUCUGAAGUUCAGCUAGUGCUAGAGAACUAUUUUCUAUGACUUGCUUUAACCAAGUUUUAUUUUAAGCUGUUUCUUUCAUAGAAGGGCCAUGAAAACAGAAUAGGAGGAGAUAAGGGAUUGGUUUGGUCUUUUUCAAUAAAGAUAGAAGUUGUUGAGGUUUUCUGAAUUAAUACUGACUUAGAUUGUGACCUUUUAGAUUCGGUGUUGAGCUCUGUGUUCUAUUACUUCCUAAAAGAUAAUGCUUAAACAUUAAGCAUUAGUGUGCUCUUCAUGUUAAUAUGGCAGAGUUUUGUAAACUAAAUUAAAACUUACUGAUAUAUUGGAGUUUAAGCCAAGGGAAAGAAUGAGUACUAUCUUUCCAGGUCUCUUAAGGGUAAAAGCUUAUUCUGAGAUUGUCUGUCCAUUGAGAUUAUUAGAUUUCUGAAUUGCAAAUAUGCUUUGUGCUCCAGAAGAAUUAGAGGAAAAGCAGAUACUAGAAUUCUAAUUGAAGUACAUAUAUAGCAGUCUUUGUUUAUAGUGUAGAAUUCUUUAUAUUUUGUACAAAAGCUAAUUCUUUUGGUAAAACGAACCAUUUACAGUUUCGUUUUGGAUUCUGAGUCAAAGGAUUUUCCUUUCAAUGUUUGUCUCAAUUUUAGUCUGGUCUUUUGUACUUUUCUUCAGAAGAAAUGAAUUAAAGGGUACGGCUGCAUAAAGUGGGGUUUUAUCCUAAUGUAUUGGAAAUAAAUGAUAAACUUAA